AUGGUUGGGGUGAUGGUGUGGGAGAAUGCACACCUCCGCCUAAUGACGAAUGUGUUGAUGAUGAACAAUGGGGCAGUGUACCAUAUAUCUUAUGUGAUGGGUAUUGCAAAUAGAGAAGCAUCUGCGGAAAGUGCGAAGUAUCCCAUGCAGAAGAUGACGAGGUCAGUGACAACAUUGGCAUUACUAUGGUUCUAUACUGAGGAUGAUAAAUACGCUAAGACGGCUGGUGAUCUACUGCGCUACUUCUUCUUGGACCCUGCGACAACAAUGAAUCCGAAUCUUCAAUGGGCGCAGUAUCGACCUGGAUAUGAUUUUGUAGGCUUUGUAAAUGCUCGACUUCCGCCAUUAAGCAAUUAA